GCUCGGCCGCGCGCAGUCCGCGCCUGACUUCUGAGUCCCGGCGCCAGCAGAGGGCCAGUCUGACGUGGACCCGCUGUGCAGGUGGACGGGAAGGGCCCGAGGACCCACUGCGCGCCGCACGACCCCGCCGCCGCGUGUCCCGCCCACCUCGCCUGCCCGGCCGCUGCGGGGCGCACCCUUGGGGUAGUCAGUGGGAGGGUUUUCCUUCGGAGUGGGAGCGGGAGGCAAGUUGGUGGUCUCUUUCGGUCUUGACAUGCCGGAUUGACGUCAGAUGCAGAAAUUCGGCAGGCUUGAUUCUCUGGCGGAAGGAAUAAUGCUGUCAGCAUGUCUGCGCACUCCAUGCUGUGUGAACGAAUCGCCAUAGCCAAGGAACUGAUCAAGAGAGCAGAAUCACUUUCUCGAUCAAGAAAAGGGGGCAUAGAAGGUGGUGCAAAGCUGUGCAGCAAGUUGAAGGCCGAGUUAAAAUUCCUACAGAAAGUAGAAGCUGGCAAAGUAGCUAUUAAAGAGUCCCAUUUGCAGAGCACCAAUCUAACCCACCUGAGAGCCAUUGUGGACUCCGCAGAAAACCUAGAAGAAGUCGUUAGUGUUCUUCAUGUCUUUGGCUACACAGAUCCUUUGGGAGAAAAGCAAACCCUUGUGGUGGAUGUAGUUGCAAACGGUGGCCAUACUUGGGUGAAAGCCAUUGGCAGAAAGGCCGAAGCUCUUCAUAACAUCUGGCUGGGCAGGGGCCAGUAUGGUGACAAAAGCAUCAUUGAGCAGGCGGAAGACUUCCUGCAAGCCAGCCACCAGCAGCCGGUGCAGUACAGCAACCCUCACAUCAUCUUUGCGUUUUACAACAGCGUCUCCAGCCCCAUGGCAGAGAAGCUGAAAGAAAUGGGCAUUUCUGUGAGAGGAGACAUAGUAGCUGUCAACUCUCUGUUGGAUCACCCAGAAGAGCUCCACCUGAGUGAGAGUGAGUCAGAUGACGAGGGGCCUGAACUUUUACAAGUGACCAGAGUAGACCGAGAAAAUAUACUUGCAAGUAUUGCGUUUCCAACAGAAAUUAAGGUGGAUGUGUGCAAAAGAGUAAAUCUGGACAUUACUACUUUAAUCACCUAUGUGUCUGCCCUUAGCUAUGGAGGUUGCCACUUUAUCUUCAAAGAAAAAGUGCUCACAGAACAAGCGGAGCAGGAGAGGAAGGAGCAGGUUCUGCCUCAACUGGAGGCAUUUAUGAAGGACAAGGAGUUGUUUGCUUGUGAAUCUGCCGUCAAGGAUUUUCAGUCUAUUUUAGAUACUUUAGGAGGACCUGGGGAGAGAGAGAGGGCCACUAUGCUAAUUAAGCAAAUCAAUGUGGUGCCAGACCAGCCUUCUGAGCGUGCCUUGAAACUAGUGGCCAGUUCAAAAAUUAAUAGCCGCUCAUUAACAAUAUUUGGGACGGGAGACACCCUAAAAGCCAUUACAAUGACUGCCAAUAGUGGUUUUGUCAGAGCUGCCAACAACCAGGGUGUUAAAUUUAGUGUGUUCAUCCAUCAGCCCAGAGCACUUACUGAGAGUAAAGAGGCGCUAGCCACUCCUUUACCAAAAUGACAGUGAGCACUACUGUCCUUGAAACAUUAUCGUGGGAAUGAGUCAUUUAUACCAAAGGCUGGGACCUCCCAUCUCAGUUGGGAAGAAAAUGGUCUAUAGAGAAAAUAUUCUUAAAACUCUUAAAUUAGUAGAGUUUUUUGUGUGUGUCAUCUAUAUUUAAGAGUAUAUGUCCUCAAAAAGUAGGAAAGCACAAGAGACAACCUUGUUUCUCAAACUCUACACGUUAGCAAUUAAGAAGAGAGAUCCAGCUAUAUGAGGCUUUUAGUUGUGAUAUUUUUAUUGGACUCAGUAGGGCUACAGUCUCCCUACUGGAAAUCACAGUUCAUGGAAUAUGGCUAUACUGCAUCUUGCAUUACAUGUCUAGGGAAAACUGUGAAGGCUGUUUUUCACUGUAUUGGUUUAUCAGUUAAUAUGGGUUGAGACUGGGAGGUAGUAGUUUUAAAUUCAUUUUAGAUCCUAAAGCUAAUGGCCAUUAUUGAGUGUCAUGUAUCAGGCAGUCUGUUGGGUAUGUUUACACAAAGUUUAUAAUACAGAAAAAUGGAAAUAAAGUGAAUUUUGAACACCUGAGUGUCAUGAAUCUAUUAACAGACUUGUGAAAAGAAACCCAACAGUCUCAGUAUAAACAGUAUAAAACAGAACACUUAACAUAAAAUGUUGAAUGCAAAAAGACUUACAUGAAACAUUCUUUAAAGAAUUUGAAUCUUAGAAACAGUCCCUAUAUGCAAUAUUUUAAUUAAUUAUGAAUGCUAUUUUGUUCUGUUUGCAAGUGGCAAAUGACUAUUGGAAUGCCUCCAUUGAAUGGUGACAAGAGAUUCCAUGCUAGUUACAUGACAGAAGUUGUGAUUAAAAAUAAAUGUGAUGGCCAUGUAA